AGUCAGCUUCAAUUCCCUCCAAACACAAACACACCACCACCAAUCCAUCACCCUUGUCUUUCCCCCUCCCCUUCCCCCAAACACACAAGCCCUCAAAACAGAAUGACAACAACCCACCCACCUCCCGUAUCUCUGGUAAACCUUCAAGCCUUCCAAGCCAAACACUUCGCAGCACAGACGCCCCAGACCCCCCUAGCGAACAACAAUCAUACCGAAGAAUCCAACCCCACCACCAACGAAGACGAAUACUAUUACGACGAGGACGCCGAAGAAGACGAUGGGCUAGGCUACUACGCCGACGGGGUCAAACGCACCCUCACGGACGAACAGAUCCGUAUCUUUAGGCACAGUGAGAUUCACGCGCUGUUACGGCAGAAGCAGCUCCGUGAGGAGGCGGAGCAGGAGCGAAGGGAGGAAGAGGAAGCGGAGGCGGAGGCGGAAGCGGAGAUGAAGGCGCGCGGCGCGGAGGAUGGCCGUGAUGCGCGGGCUGCGGCGACGGGGAAGGUAGGUGCUGGCGGGGCUGAGGUUGGCGAUGGUGCUGGUGCCGGUGCUGGUGCUGGUAUGGUUGCUACUACUACUACUACUACGGCCGACAAGUCUGAAUCAUCACCUUCUACCGCGAAAGCAUCAGGCCGGAAGAAAAGGCAGCGUGAUGAUGAAGCCGAGAUGGAUUAUGGUGAUGGCGGCGGUGGACAGCAGCGUGCUUCGUCUGGCCCUGGGAGGAAUGCGUCCUCGGAUCCUUAUGCGGACCCGUCCCGGCGGGCCGCUCUGUUCACCGGGAGGAAGAUCAUCUCGUAUGAUGAUUGAAGGGUGGAGAUGCUACAGAAAAUAGGUUCCAGUGUGUCGAUGGGUCUCUGUUGGGUUCCGGCGUUUCGUCGUCUGUGUGAUGUGGUUUCUACUGGUAAG